AAAAUAGUUUAACAACACCAAGGAAAAUGCUUCACAUCCUCUUUCUUGCUGCUCUCCUAUUCUUUCCAUCCUCUCAAGCUGCAGAUUUCUGUGUUGCAAAACUAAAAGGUGCGGGUAGUCCCUCCGGAUAUGCCUGCAGGAACCCUGCAAUUGUCACAGUUGAUGAUUUUGUAUUCAGUGGCCUAGGCGCUGCUGGUAACACUACAAAUAUCAUCAGUGCUGCUGUGACCCCAGGUUUCGUGCAGCAAUUUCCAGGCGUAAAUGGUCUUGGCCUGUCCACCGCACGGCUAGACCUUGCACCAGGGGGUGUCAUCCCAAUUCACACCCACCCUGCUGCCUCUGAAAUUCUCUUUGUGGUCUAUGGAAAAAUCACUGCUGGAUUCAUUUCGUCAUCUGCAAAUAAGGUUUAUGUAAAAACUCUCAAGAAAGGUGAUGUUAUGAUUUUUCCACAAGGGUUGCUUCAUUUUCAGAUAAAUGCUGGCGGUACAACAGCACUUGCUAUUGUUAGCUUCAAUAGCCCUGAACCUGGUCUGCAAAUUACUGAUUUUGCAUUGUUCGGCAAUAACUUGCCCUCUAAUUUGGUGGAGAAAACAACUUUUCUAGAUGAUGCUCAAGUGAAGAAGCUCAAGGGUGUCCUUGGUGGCACUGGCUAGGCUUGCUUAAAAUUGUUUCAUGCUCACAUCCCUUCUUUGUUGUGUUGUAGUUGGACUAAUUAAUGUGGUUUUGUUCUGUGGACUAUUGGUUAGUUGGAGAACUGUACUUGUCCGGUAGCAAUUAAAAGCUCUGUUCUAAAAAUAA